AAUUACACAGACAGGGGAAUCCACAGAAAGAGACGAGGAAAGAACAGGAGAAACAUGCACAGAAAAUGGAGGAAUAUGUAAAAGGAAAGUGUUUACUGUAGAAACUGUGAUUUAGUGGUCAGGAUUUGUGCGUUUGGUUGUCGUUUCAUUUGCAAGUGUAUUUGGGACGAUGACCCGAGGCUACUGUGCAAAAUGACUUGUUAUUCUCUGACUUGUCUGUUUAACUGGACAUGACUACGCUUCAGUGUGAACGUCAAUGUGUUUGUGAUGACCCUGGAUUCUGAGCCCUUUUUGGAGAUGAUUGCUGUUGCACUCUGUAUUUCCCUGCUGACUGGAAUUUCCUGCACUCCAACGCCUGAGCAGCACGCACAUGGAGUGGACUGGUUAGUUCGUUAUGGUUACUUACCACCUUUAAACUCUCCAGUUGGCCGACUGCAAAUGAAGGAGGGAAUUGAAAGAGCUGUGCGCGAGAUGCAGCGUUUUGCUGGGCUCAAAGAGACGGGACAGCUGGACAGUGCUACUCUAGCCUUAAUGGGGACCCCUCGCUGCUCCCUCCCAGACAUUCUCAGUCCAGAGGAUCUUCUAAAGAAGAGGAGAAAGAGGAGGAACAUGAGGAAGAAGAGAUACAGUUUGUCAGGGAUGAGCUGGGAUAAGACAAAUAUCACAUGGAGUGUAGAGAGUUUCCCCUCUCUCUCCCACUCUCCCUCACUGUCACCUGCCCUGGUGGAGCUCAUCCUGUCCUAUGCUCUGAAAGUGUGGGGUGACGCAGCCCCCCUUAGCUUCACCCUGCUCCGCCCGUCCCUUCAUGCCCCGCCCCACAGCGCCGAUAUUAAAGUGAGCUUCACCAGGGGCUAUCAUGGCGAUGGAUAUCCCUUCGAUGGCAAGGGGGGCACACUUGCUCACGCUUUCUUUCCAGGAAUAGGUGACACACACUUUGAUGACGAGGAGAACUGGAGCUAUGGAGCUGACAGCAGAAGCACAGAUCUGUUCACGGUGGCUGUUCAUGAAUUCGGUCACGCCCUAGGCCUCGUACACUCCUCCUCCAAACGCUCCAUCAUGAGGCCGUACUACAGCGGAGCAGUGGGAGACAUCCCAACUUACGUUCUGCCUGCAGACGAUAGACUUGGCAUACAGGCACUUUAUGGAACAAGAAAGGAUCUGACUCUGCCUCCCACUGUUGAUCCACCCACACCCAGUCUGCCACCCAGACAUGCAACACCACGCCCAGACCCAUCUCUUCUGGAUCGAUGUCAAGGCGGUUAUGAUGCUAUCGCAAACAUCAGAGGAGAAGUGUUCUUCUUUAGGCGCCAAUACUUCUGGAGGGUGCACCACUCAGGCUCACUAAUGUCUUUUGUUCCAGCUGUAAUUCACAACUUCUGGAUUGGCAUUCCUCCUGAAAUAGACAAAAUUGAUGCGGUAUAUGAGAGGAGUGAUGGCCACAUAGUCUUCUUUAUAGGUGACCAGUACUGGGUGUUCAGAGACAGGACGUCCCUCCCUGGCUACCCUCAGCCGCUGACACAGUGGAGAAUGUGGAAUUCAGCAGGAGAGGCUCCAGCACGAAUAGAUGCUGUGUUUGUGUGGCCCCAUAAUGGUAGGACGUACAUGUUUAGUGGUGGAGAAUACUGGAGGUUUGAUGAGGCAGAUUCAGACAGGAGACCUGAGGCAGGAUACCCCAAACCCGCCUCAAUCUGGGGAGAACCCUCUGAUCCCGAUGACAUCAUUGGCAUGCGAGAUGGAGAUACCUAUUUCUUCAAGGGUGCAUCUUAUUGGAUAUUAAAGAGAGGCAGACUGGACAAGGACACCGCUUCACCGAAGUCCAUCGCAGCUGACUGGAUGAAAUGUGAUGAUUUCCUAAGUUCCACUCACAAACCCAGAGACAGUGGAUGUGGCUGUAACACAGGCGGAGCAGCUUUGGUUCAAGCAUCUCUGCGGUUAAUUGUUCUCGUUGUCACAACAGCUUUAUUUUAUGUUAAUUAUUAUGCGCCUUUCAGUUGUUUAAUGAUGUACAGUAUUUCUUUAUGAUCAGGUCAUUUUCCCUAGUUGUUCAAGCCUAAUAGUGUUAAAUAUUUGCACUGCCUCUUACAUUCUGUGAUUUUUCAUUUUUAUUGUAUUAUGUUGCUCUGCUUUUCACUACUUUUUAAUGAAAUUGUAUUGCUUCCUACGGAGCACCGCUGGUGACAUCCCAUGUAAAUAAGAAUAAUGCUGGGCAACGACAUAGUAAGGCAUUAUCUCGUUCCCACACCUUACUAAGUCUUGGCCACGCAUUAGGAUCUCGUUCCCACACCUUCAUGGCUAUGAUUUGGUGGCUGUAGAUCAUCACAGCCAUGAUGUUAUUCGUGAUAAUGCACGACCUUGAUUGUUCUACUGCUUUUAUAAAACAGUUAAAUAAAAAAAGUAAGAAAUUGCUUUAACUGGGCCGUUAAUGUGGCAUUUAAUGUUCGCAGUUCCUUCCUCCAAAUUAUAGUUCCUUAACCAGUAGCUUGUUGCUACAUCAGAGUAAUGAGCUCUGCUCACUCAUGGCACAGCAGUUCGUUCUCCAGCUCUUUACACUAAAUUCCCAAACUGUCAUCACCGCUGAUCAAGCUUUGCAGUCAGCAGCUGUGACAGAAGAACAG